UUUAGGCCUGUUGCAAUAAACUCUCUUCACAUACAACCGCACUUUUUGGCGGCGAAUUUUCGGUGGGGCACAUUCGUAUAAAAACUAUACGCCGGUUUUUUUUUCGGCAACAUCGUUUAAGUUGUUUCAAGUGUGCAAAUCCAUUGGGACCUACCACGGCUGAAAACGGUACCAGCAUGAAACAAUUACUUAUAGCAAUCGCUCUCUUCGGCGUAGCACUAUGCGGUCGAUUGGACAAGGACUAUCUGCCACCCGUCCAAGGAGUGCAAGCUAACUCUGCUUUCUCAAGCCCACAGCAGCCCAACACACAAGGUUCAACUCAAUCAUAUCAAUAUCAGCCAUCCGGUCAGCAGUACCAACAACAACAACAACCGGCUCAGCAGUACCAAAAUCAACAGGCUUCUCAACAGUAUCAACCCCAACAACCUUCACAACACUUUGCAAAUCAACAACCUGCUCAGCAGUACCAGAGCCAACCGUCUGGACAGCAGUACCAGAACCAGUAUGCUGGUCAAGCAGCACAACCUGUUGGACCAGCUGGACCAAUCAACAAGGAAGCCAACGAUGUUCCUAUCUUGCGUUUGGACAACAACGUUGACGGUGAAACGUAUAACUAUGCCUUGGAAACAGGAAAUGGUAUUGUUGCACAUGAGCAGGGUGAGACCAAAGGAGAGGGUACCAGAGCUCAGGGUGGAUAUACUUACACUGCACCAGAUGGACAGGUGAUCAGCAUCCAAUACAUCGCUGAUGAAAACGGAUAUCAACCACAAGGCUCCCACUUGCCAGUCGCACCACCCGUACCGGAAGAAAUCCAGAAGGCCGUGGAACAGAACUUGGCUGAUGAGGCACGCGGAAUUUUCGACGACGGCCAGUACAGAGAGGAGAACAACCCUGGACAACAGUACAUCCAGGCACAGAGGCCUGGACAGAACCAAGGAUACGGUGGACAGGACCAGCAUCAAGGCGGACAGGGUCAACCACAGUAUGGACAGAGCCCGCAAUAUCCUGAGCAGAGCCAGCCACAAAACCAGGGCUAUCUUGGACAGAACCAGCAAUACGCCGCCCAGAGUCAGCAGCAUUCGGGUGUCUCCAGGCCAGGUCAACAGUAUCAAGGAGCUCCAGCACAGAACACUCAGUAUCCAUCGUCUCAAGCAAAUAAUGGUGCUGGAGGUUAUAAAUAUUAAUUAGGCUGUCGUAAAUAUAUAAUGUGAAUUCAGAUGGCCUUCAGAAAUAAACUGUG